AUGGCUGCAAGACUGAGCCUAAGGGUGCGAAACCGCUCCAAUAAAAGCGGCUUCAAGCGUCUUCCCGAGUCCAUCGAGCUCCCCACCGACGCUACGGUUGAGGAUGUCAAGCGCGCCGUGGCUAAAGAGGCCAAGGUCUCUGACUUUAACCGCAUAGGCGUCCAUGACCCCAAGACCAACUCUAUUCUGAAGGAUCGCAAGGCCCUGAUCAGGGAUUUGCCAAAUGUCGUAUCUGCUGGAGAGGUGCUGGUGAAGGAUCUGGGUCCUCAAAUUGGCUGGCGGACGGUCUUUUUUAUUGAAUACUUUGGCCCGAUCCUUUUCCACUGUAUCUUUGCGGCAGGUCGAGACUACAUCUACCCCGCGCUGGGCAGCUAUCCAGGAUCCGCCUCUGGCAAGCCUCUGCCACCCCUGACAACGAUUCAGCAGCUGUCGUUCGCGCUCUUCAUAGUUCACUUUGUGAAGCGUGAGGUUGAGACGCUCUUUGUCCACCGCUUCUCCGCCAACACGAUGCCCUUCUUCGCCCUCUUCCGCAACUGCUUCCUAUACUGGGUGUCGGCUGGCCUGGCCUGCAGCUUUGUCUUUUAUGCGCCGGCCAACUACAGCCUCUUCGGGGGUGUUCCUUUCUUCCAGGACAUCGCUCGCUCGGAGCUAAGCGUGAUCGACUACCUGGGCCUUGCGCUCUUUGUCUACGGCGAGGUCUGCAACGGUAUUGUCCACCUUCACCUCGCAAAAUUGCGCGCGCCUGGUACUACCGAGAAGGGCAUUCCCUCCUGCGUCGGAAGCAGCAUUGUCACAUGCCCAAAUUACAUGUUUGAAGUCACAGCUUGGAUUGGCAUGAUCCUGGUGUCCAGGUCAUGGGCAACCGUCAUCACUAUCAUCAUGGGUGGCUACUACAUGAUGAUCUGGUCGAAACAGAAGGAAAGGGCAUUGAGGCAGCUUUUCCCCGACAAGUACAAGAAGAAGCGUUACACUAUGCUUCCUGGCCUCAUUUAA